AUGAAAUCAUUAUCUGCUUCAAAAUACAAUCAUAACAAUACUAGCUUUACUACACCUGACAAAAAACUAAAUAAGGUAUGAUCUCAAGUUAUAUAAGAGUAGAUAAAAUACACAGUCUACUAUGAAGUUAAGUGGUGA